AGCAGUGAAACGGGGAGCAGAGUCAGUAUUUGAAGCAGAGACCACAGGAAAGAACCGAGGAACGUCUGUGAAUUUCCACAAAGGAUGGAACGCAUGUUGACUUUGUUUCUGCUUUGUCCGGCUUUGUUUUUUACUACUGUGACAUCUCAACGAGACAAUGUAUGUUUGAGGCCGAACUUGGCUGACACCAUUGAGAUGGCCGGGCUCCAGAGGUACUUCAACCCCGGGGUGGAGUUAGCCCUGUCCUGUAUAGACGGAUACACCCCUGUGUUGGGCCCUCGCAAGAUCGUCUGCACUGUCAGCGGAGAGUGGACAAAAACCAGAUUCUUGUGCACACCAAAGCGGUGUCCAUAUCCUGAUCCACUGCCUAAUGGAGAAUUGUACUAUGAGGAUACGAUCUAUCAGAGUACCAUCAACUAUACUUGUAAUGAAGGGUAUGUUUUGACUGGAUCCAGCACUUCUGUGUGCCAAGCCAAUGGAACCUGGAGCACACUUGUACCAGAGUGCACACCUGUGACCUGUGAUCUUGCUCCAAUCCCACAAUUUGGGAUGAUCAUUUAUGAUACGACAGUCAGAGGGAACAUCACAUACUACGGCACCACAGGGAUGUACAGAUGCCAUCCUCCAUAUGCACUUAUUGGAAAUCCCAGAGCAGAGUGCACAGCCAGCGGCACCUGGACCAAGACACCUGAAUGUAAAGUGGUGACCUGCCGUCCACCGCACAACAUUGCCAGAGGCUACAUGUCAACCACUGACCAGAGAGACUUUGACUUCAUGGAAACAGUCAAAUAUGGCUGCACUGGAGACUUUGUGCUGGAGGGAAGUCAGGAGAUUGUUUGUCAGCAGGAUGGGAAUUGGUCUGAAAAGCCAUCCUGCAAGGCUCCCUGCGAGGUUAGCAUAAACAGAGGGAGGAUAUUAUACAAAGGAAGAAGAAUCUGGAUUAAGGACUUCGAGCCAAACAAAGUCUUACACAAAGAAAUAGUCUCAGUCUACUGCAAGAACGCGGCCAGGAAAUGUGGUUAUGCUGUGCCAACCCAGUGCAUCGACGGAAGACUCCAAAUCCCUGAAUGUUUUAAAGAGCCCAGUUAUGCUGAUUAUAACUUCCAUUCGAGUUCACUUCCUUCUGAAAUCACUCAGUGCUGAACCAGUGGCAGAUUGAACCCUCUGAUGACUAUUAAAACCACUGCAACAUGGAAGAAGUGUUGGUGUGUUCUGGUGACUGAUAUUAAAGAAUAUGGUUUGACUCGA